CCCAGCAGAUAGGGCAAAAAGUGAAUAUACAAACAUGAUGAAGUUUGUGGUCCUGGCUGUUCUGGUCGUUGGAGCUUACGGAUGUGGGCUGCCCACCUACCCCCCUGUUGUGACGAGGGUAGUGGGGGGUGAGGACGUGCGUCCACACAGCUGGCCCUGGCAGAUCUCCCUUCAGUACAGCAGUGGUAGUAAUUGGGGUCACACUUGUGGAGGCACUCUCAUUUCAAAUGAGUGGGUUCUUACUGCUGCUCACUGUAUCAGCAGCAGCAGAACUUACAGAGUGUAUCUGGGAAAACAUAGCCUGAAGCAGGAGGAGGAUGGAUCUGUCGCCAUUCCCGCUGGCAAGAUCAUUGUCCAUGAGGGUUGGAAUUCCUUUACUAUCCGUAAUGACAUUGCCCUGAUCAAACUGCAGACUCCUAUCACCCCAAAUGACAAAAUCGCACCUGCGUGUCUUCCUGUGGAUGGGGAUAUUCAGCCCAACAAUGCACCCUGCUACGUCACUGGUUGGGGACGCCUCUACACCAAUGGUCCCAUUGCUGAUAUCCUGCAGCAGGCUCUCCUGCCUGUGGUGGAUUAUCCCACUUGCUCAAAGUCUGACUGGUGGGGAUCUCAGGUCACACAGAACAUGGUCUGUGCUGGUGGAGAUGGUGUUGUUGCUGGAUGUAAUGGCGACUCUGGUGGCCCUCUGAACUGUAAGGGUAACGAUGGAGCUUGGGAAGUCCAUGGUAUUGUGAGCUUUGGUUCUGGCCUGAGCUGCAAUUACAAGAAGAAGCCCACUGUUUUCACUCGUGUGAGCGCCUAUAUUGACUGGAUCAGCAAGAACAUGGCCUCUUAUUAAAGAGUGGACAGAAAGAUGAGUUUUGUAUCAUCCAUUCCUUAAACAAUAAAAUAUUUUUUUUAAAAACACACACACACAAGAGAGAAAGAGUACAUUUGCAGGUACUAUUUAUCAAUGUUAUAGAUGCACAGUCGAUAUGCACUUAUGACCUAAAUGAUUUAGUGUUUUUAGUUUUUAGAUUGUUUAUGUUUUUUUCGAAACUGUCCGACAGGUGGCAGUGUGGUGUUUUACAGUAUUUAGACAGCCACUGUUUAAGUUACACAAUAAUAUUUAUGUGACUAGAAAUGGAAAGAUUUGACUAGAAAUGCAAAGAUUUGAACUUCGUAUGUUAGUGUUUUGCUUUUAAAUUGUCUUUUUCAAUGUUUUGAUGAAAAAGUGUCACAAACGCAUUUUCAGUCUCAGAUUUGAAUGCUAAACAGCAUUGGAUUUUAAGUAUGGCCAAGAAAAAAACUCAGUCAUAAUCUUAUGCAUUUUUUUGGAGUUGGGACAUCUUUUUAUUGAACAACAAUUUUUAUUGAAUUUCUAAAUACAUACAUUUCAAUAGGAAAAUAAAAUGGUCUAAAGCACAAAGAGGACAUGUGGCAUAGUUUCAGUGUGAGCUGUCAUUAAAAAUGGUCUUUCAUGCAUACAUUAAUGAUGGGGGGGGGGGGG